AUGGAUUCGAUGAAUUUCAAUAUUGGUAUUGAGGAUAUAGGGGUGGCAGUAUUGCAGGAAUUGUGGAACUAUGUGGCAUUUCAAGCAGUGGAUCUUGUUAGUGAAAUGAGGGAUAUGGUUCUUGAAAGAGACACUUUCAAGGAAUUCUCCAGGAGCAUCUCUGAGCUAAGCACUCUCCUCCAAGCUUUGGAUGCCAAAAAAGUUGAAGCUGCCAUGGGUUCAGAAUUUACAAAAUCUAUUUUAGAGACCUUAAAUGGUCAGCUGAGGAAAGCUCGCAAGAUCAUCAAAGAUUGUAAAUCUGGAAGCCUUUUCUGGUUUUUACUUCAUUCACACUCAAUCCUAUUGCAGAUGCAAGAAUUAGCCAAGGAAAUUGCCAAAACCAUUUCCUCGUUUCAGUUAGUCAAUCUUGAUAUGGCACUGGACUUGAAAACCAUGACUGAGCAGAUCAUCAACAAUCUGAUGACUAUGGAACUCCGAUCUGCAGCUGCAACAGAAACAAUUGCUUUUGAGAUAGAGAAUUCCAUAUCCCAAAAUAACAAGAACCAAGAGAAUGCAGUAAAGCUCCUGGAAAAGAUUGCAGAAGCUGUUGGUGCUAGUGCAAACGCAUCCCUGGUGCAAAAAGAGCUGGCUCUUCUGAAACAGGAAAAAGAAGAGAUGGAAGAUCAAAAGAAGCAGGCAGAGGCAAUUCAACUCUCUCAAUUGACACAGUUGUUGUACAGUACAGAAAUUGUUGCAAGGCCACAGAAUGAGGACAUUCCUACACACCAACAGCAGCACCCAAUCACUUCAUUCGUAUGCCCUUUAUGCAAUGAGAUAAUGGCAGACCCUGUUGCAAUUUUCUGCGGCCACAGCUUUGAGAGAAAAGCAAUUCAGGACCACUUUAAUGGAGGAAAGAAACACUGUCCUACCUGCAGAGAGAAUCUACUUUCUUUAGAGCUUACGCCAAAUGUCAACCUUCGAAGCUCAAUAGAAGAGUGGAAGCAAAGAGACAUGGACUUAAAAUUCCAAGCUGCAAUAUCUGCAAUCAGCUCUAAAGAUUAUUCUAGACAAAAUAAAGGCUUAGAGGAUCUGCAGCUUUUGACAGAAAUACCCGAGUAUGCAAUCAGAGUUGCAGAGGAGGGACUCAUUCCUAAGUUAGUGGAAUUCUUGAAAGAUAGUAGGCUGAACACCAUGGCAACCUUGAAAUGUCUUUCUUUCCUCGCUAAAAACUGUGAUACUCACAAGGAAGCUUUUAUAGAAGCAGGGGUGGUUCGACGAAUUGUGAAGCAGAUCUAUACAGGUGAAAAAAUACCUGAUGCAAUUACAAUUCUGUUGGAAUUAUCAAACAAUGAAACCCUUAGAGAAAAAAUUGGGAAUACAAAAGAUUGUAUUCCCCUUUUGGUUUCUUUGCUUGAUAACAAUAACCCAGACAUCUCAGAAAAAGCAAAGAACACGUUACAAAAUCUUUCUUCCAACACAUCCUUUGUAGUCAAAAUGGCUGAAGCUGGAUAUUUUCAACCAUUUGUAGCUCGUUUCGUUCAAGGGUCACAAGAGAGUAGAGCAUGGAUGGUUGAUGACUUGUUGAAGAUGCAAAUCAAGGAAAAUGGAAUGAAGGACUUGGAAGACAGGCAAUUCAUUCAAAGUCUAAUACAGAUGCUCUCUUCAAGCUCCUCAGCAUACAAAUUGAUUUGCCUCAAAUGCAUCAAAAAGCUAAUAGCAUACCCCAAGAUGGCAAAGUGGCUUUUAUCAGAUUCUACAACUAUACCAGCUUUGUUGGGUCUCAUCUCAUUUUUCAGCCCAGAUCCAUAUUUGAAGCAAGAAGCUAGUGAGAUCCUUGCUCUAUUGGUUGAAGCCUGCCCGCUUCCUCAAUUCGAAAUGCAUCAGGGCCUUCAGGAGCUGCAAUCAAAGCAAAAUAUCAGUCUCUUUCUGCAGCAAAUAGUUUAUUCUGAUCCUCAAAUCAAGAUUCAAUUCUUGCAUCUGCUAGUAGAAAUCAGCAGUAAAUCAGACAUAGCUCGAGAUUUAAUCCGAUCUAAUGGAGAUGCUGUCGCUCACCUAUUUUCUUCACUUGAUGGUGAUGAGCCUCUGGUGAAAAGAUGGAUAUUGAAGCUCAUACAUUGUAUCUCAGACGAUCAUCCUGAUGGAGCUCCACUGCCGUCGUCCCCUGGGAAAGGAGCUGCUGUCAAUACCUUGGUAGCCAUCCUGACCCACUCCCCGGAUGUUGAAGAAAGGUGUCUUGCUGCUGGCAUCAUUAGCCAGCUUCCAAAGGAUGAUACCAUUAUUGAUGAAAUGCUACAUAAAUCAGAAGUGUUAAAAGCAAUCCGUGAGGUGAUCUGUAGCAUGGAAGAGGAAGAUAAUGGGAUGAGAGCACCUGCUAUUGUAGAUAAAUCUCUAUUGGAGAAUGCUUUAGCAGCACUGCUACGGUUCACAGAACCAACGAAGCCAGAACUUCAGAGACAAGUGGGCAACCUUGAAUUUUAUCCAUCCCUAAUUCGAGUCCUCUGCAGUGGCAGCUCACUUGCGAAGAAGCGAACAGCCAUUGCACUUGCACAGUUAUCCCAAUCCACCAGCUUGUCAGUAUCUGAUGCAACUAUUUUGGCAACGCAGGCUAAGAACUCAAUGCCACUGCUCCAGGUGAUUAAGAACAUGCCUUGGUGUUGCUCAACCUCAUUAGAUGAAAGUCUAUGUGCUGUUCAUGGUGCUGCUUGUUCAUCUAGACACACUUUCUGCCUCAUCAAGGCAGAUGCAGUAAGGCCACUUGUUCGAACAUUGAGUGAGACAGAGUCUGGUGUGGCAGAAGCUGCUCUGAUGGCACUUGAGACAUUGCUAACAGACCACAGCACUCUAACAUAUGCAACUGCCGCUAUUGUAGACAGCCAGGGUGUAGUGGCCAUCCUACAAGUUCUGGAGAAGGGAACCCUCCCUGCCAGAGCCAAAGCCCUAGACCUCUUCCAUGAAAUCUUAAAGCAUACACAGAUCAGUGACUCAUUAUUUCAAAGGUCUGAGAGGAUUCUUAUCCAACUUCUCCAAGAAGAUGCACUCAAAAAGAAAGUAGCGCUGGUGCUUAGGCAGAUGAAUGUCAUCCCGGAUCAAUCCUCCUACUUCUGAACAAAUUUCUGUUGGCAAACAAGAAACUAAAACAGAAACCUCUGGUUUUCAAAGGUAUAUUGAGAACAUUUAUAGUGACACAGACCCCUUGCAACUGGCGUUAAUGUAAAUGAGAUGUAGCUCCAUGACAUAUACGCUUGAAGUUGCCAAAUUUACACGCUUUCAAAUAUUUUUUGUAAAUAUUCUAAGAAAAAAAAAAACUCAAUGCAGAUGUUCUAUAACUUCAUAGAGUGACUAGGAAGCAUUCACGCUAUAAUUGAUGUGCAUAAAAUUUCAAGUUGCCCUUGUUAGACACGUGUAGAAUUUGUAUUAUUCCAAACCAAGUUACUUCAAUGAAAUUUUUGAAAAUUUGCAAA